ACGAAACCACAUAAAGGAAAAGUUGCAACGUUGUCACCCCAGUGUUCACAACAAGGACUCCAUGAGAGCCACACGUCCGAUCAUGCCAUUAUCUCUCAACUCGUCUUUCUCCACUUCUCAACACCAAAGCUUAUUCUUCAUCUUUUGCUCCGAAUCAUGAUAACCCUUACUUCUCCUUUCCCAAUCUUCGCCCCUCACAAAAACAUCAUUCCAAGAACAAAAUAUCAUCAAUGCAGAGUUUCCAUAAAGCCUCCACCACCCAACUUCGAUUUCAAGACUGAAUAUUUCAGCGCCUCUCGGGAUGCUAUUCAAGAAAGUCAUCCAGAAUUGCUUGAUUUGGCUAAUAAUGGAACUCUGUUUCUGAUCAAGAAGAGCCAAUAUGGACCUGUUCCAUCAUGGAGAAGCGAGUUUGUGGAACCAGAAGCCAUUUGGCUGAUUGGAACAUCCCAUCUUUCUUUGGAAUCGGCUUUGGAUGUUGAAAGGGUCAUCCGUACUGUUAGGCCGGAAAAUGUAGUUGUGGAACUUUGCAGAAGCAGGGCUGGCAUAAUGUACACUUCUGACGAUAGUGAUCUCAAUCAGCCCUUAAAAUCAAACAUGUUUUCUUUGAGUGGGACCGGGUUUUUUGGUGCUCUUGGUCGUAGCAUAAACUUGGGAGGUCAAACUGCUUUAGCAUUACGUGUCUUGCUGGCACUUUUCUCUUCAAAAAUGUCUUCAAGUGCUAAUCGUCCUUUUGGAGAUGAGUUCCGUGCUGCCCGAAAGGCUGCUGAGGAUAUUGGUGCUCAAAUAGUAUUGGGGGAUCGGCCAAUAGAAAUAACUCUUGAACGAGCAUGGACUUCGCUAAAGUGGAAGGAGAAGACAAGCCUGAUAGUCUCUGUCUUUAGUGGAAUAACCUCAACUGCUGACCUAUCAACAAAGGAAUUGAAGGAAUCAAGUUCUGAUGAUAGUAACUUUCAGCUGUAUGAGAAAUUAAGCUUUACGUAUCCAUCACUUCUGCAACCACUCCUACAUGAACGUGACAUGUUUCUUGCUUGGUCUCUGAAGAGGAGCAAAGCUGUGAACAAGAGUAAGCAAGUGGUAGGAAUCAUCGGGAAGGGCCACAUGAAUGGAGUUAUAUAUUCCUUAGUGUCUGAUCAAGGAAACUUGCGCUUUCGAGAUCUAGCUGGGAAGAGUCCUUCAGGGGGGCUCUCUGGUUGGGUUACUACUCUCUUUGGAAACCUGGUUAGAGACACUAUAAUCGGUGUCCUCCUGUGGCUAUUAUAUGAACAAAUAACCAGUGGAUUGAAGUUAAUUGAUUAAACAGGACCGACUUCGAGACUUGAGUUAAUUCACACAGAGGAAAGAAUACUCCUACCUGGACAGCCAUCCAGAACGAAUAUCGGAGAUUAUUCUGGUUCUCCAUUUUGUGAAACUACUUUUCAAGCAAGGCAGCUGAUAAGUCAUCGAUGAGUUAUGAAAAAUGGAAUAGUUUAACAGUUCCUUUUAAGCUCUUUACGGUAAUAUAAUAUCUUUUCGAGGAAAUGUACAUAGAGUAGUAAAAUACUUUAGAAGACAAUGUGCUACAAUAUAUGUUUUAGUGGGAGUCCUAUACUAGAAAAAUUCAUCGAUGCUGGUUGGAUUACUGAUAAGGAAGAUUACUCUUCCACAAAAUUCUUCAUUUUAAUAAGUGUUUGGUGAUCAUAACAAUACUUGAUGAA